AUGGUGGAACUGAGGGCUGAGGACCCAGCAUCAUUCACCAACUUCAUGCGGAUGGCUCCAGCAAUGUUUGAUGAGCUGUUAGAAAGACUUGUUCCCAGGAUAAGUAAGCAGCACACCUUCUACAGGGAGCCACUUCCGCCUGGGCUGAAGCUGGCCCUGACUUUGCGUCACCUUGCCUCAGGCAACAAGUAUGCCUCAAUGAAGUUUGCAUGGAGAGUCCCUCACAACACUCAGUCCCUUGUGAUCCGAGAAGUGUGUCAAGCCAUCAUUGACGAGUAUGCCGACGAGGUGAUGGUUUGUCCAAGUACCCCUGAAGGUUGGAGAGCCGUAGCCGACAAGUUCUUGCAAAGAUGGAACUUUCCCCAUACAUGUGGGGCACUAGAUGGGAAGCAUGUCGCCAUCCGAAGGCCGCCUAACAGUGGAUCUAUGUACUUUAAUUACAAAGGAUUUUACUCCAUUAUUCUAAUGGCACUUGUGGAUGCUGACUAUAAAUCUAUCUGGGCAGAUGUUGGUGGGGCUGGAUCAGCAUCAGAUGCACAGAUAUAUAAUGCAUCUGAACUGAAAGAAUGUGUUGAGGAUGGUACUCUGGGCUUCCCUGACCCUGAGCCUCUUCCCAAUGACAACCAGGAUAUGCCUUACUUCUUCAUUGGUGAUGAUGCCUUCGCCCUAAGAGAGACCAUGAUGAAGCCAUACAGUCUUCGGGGACUGACAAAUGAAGAACGCAUCUUUAACUACAGGCUUUCUCGAGGUAGAAGGGUAGUGGAGAAUGCCUUUGGCAUCCUGGCUAACAGGUUCCAGGUUUUGCUCACUACAAUGCAACAGGACCCCUCCACUGUAAAGCUGAUUGUGAAAGCAUGUUUGAUUCUUCAUAACAUUAUGAGGACCAGGUACCCAGGACUUCAGAACCAGUUGCUGGGUAGUCCUGAGAAUGAGAACCGUGACUUUGUUUCAGGAGCUUCGCGAGAGGGACGUCACAUGGAGGACACCCGUACAGCCAGUGGCCCUAAUACUGCCUCCAAGAAGGGAAAGAUACAGAGGAAUCUCCUGAAGCACUGGGUUAACUCGCCAGCUGGUGCAGUUCUUUGGCAAAACAGAAUGAUAUAG